UUAAUUAUAUCACACUGCUAUGAUAAUGACAACACUGAUGUCCUGGCAACAGGAUGCGAAUGCAACAUGGAGGCAGCUACCACAACGAGAACGGCAUAAACAACGACACCAAAGUGACAGGGUAAACAUAUCAGCGGCUUAUGAAGAUGGCGACGAUAAUAAAGACGGCAGCAUGGAGGCGUUGCAUAAUCAAACCAACACUAUCAAUGGCAUCUCAACAAAUUUUAGCUCUUCCGCUCCACAACAGCGCAAACCGCAACGUUCCCGCCCCUUGGCUGGGCAGAAACCGCGAAUGUCCUCCGCUGGGUUCCACUCAUUUCCGGGCCUGGUCCUGGGCUUCCUCUUCAUUGCCGCUCUGGCAGUGUCUGCCGAUGAAUCUACUACUACAUCCACGGCAUCCAGCGUCUACACAAACGACACCGAUUAUUCAAUACUCUUCGGUGAGAGCACUACAGACCUUGUGUCCUCCCAGACCACAGGACUCCCUGGAGUCGGCAUGGAGCACUUCGAGGAUGAGGAGGAAGAGGAGGCCAGCGAAUACAUAUUCGACCGCACCGAUGUGCGCAUCAUAUUCAUAACUCUCUACUCGAUUGUCUUUUGCUGUUGUUUCUUCGGAAACCUGCUUGUCAUUUUGGUGGUCACUUUAUCGCGGCGACUGCGCUCCAUCACGAAUUUCUUUUUGGCCAACUUGGCGUUUGCGGACUUCUGUGUCGGCCUCUUUUGUGUGAUGCAGAACCUGUCCAUCUAUCUCAUAGACAGCUGGGUCUUUGGGGAAUUUCUUUGUCGGAUGUACCAGUUUGUCCACUCUUUGAGCUACACAGCCUCGAUAUUCAUCUUGGUGGUUAUCUGCAUGGAGAGAUACUUUGCCAUCGUACAUCCAAUAACUUGCAAGCAGAUUUUGACUGCGGCACGUCUAAGGAUGGUCAUUGUUACUGUUUGGAUAACGUCGGCGGUGUAUUCGACCCCGAAGUUCGUAUUCAGCAAAACCAUCAAGAAUAUCCACACCCAGGACGGCCAGGAGGAGGAGAUCUGUGUUCUCGACCGGGAGAUGUUCAACUCCAAGCUGCUGGACAUGAUCAACUUUGUGUUGCUCUACGUGAUGCCUCUACUGGUGAUGACAGUACUGUACAGCAAAAUCGCCAUUGCUUUGUGGCGCAGUUCCCGCGGUCUUACGCCCCAUGUGGCACAGCAUCCGCAGCAGCAGCAGCAAUCUGGACAGGACAAUGGCAUGGGCAUGCACAAUAGCAUGUACCAUCAUCACCACCACCAUCAUCACCACCACCAUCAUCAGCACCAGCACCACCAUGUCCACGCACACCAGCACCAUCAGCUGCCAUCGACGGCCCCAGUGGCGACCUCAGCGGCACCUGUCGGGGGCGGUGGCAGCUUGGCGGGGGGGACGGGCGGCCCUGGUGGGAGUGUGGUUGUGGGUAUGGGAGGCGGUGGUUCGUCACUCGCUUCCGCCGGCAGCAGCACCACGUCCUUGUCACGUAAACAGAGCAGUAAAUAUGAGAAGCGCGGCGUCAGCAUCACAGAGAGUCAGCUUGAUAAUUGCAAGGUUUCCCUGGAGGCCGAUCGUCCCAUUGUGAGCGCUUGCCGCAAGACCAGCUUCUAUCACCACGCCCACCAUCAGCGGCUGGGCCAUUCCGGGGGCGGCGGUGGCGGUGGCGGAGGCGUGGGCUCCGCCGGAGCCACCCACAUGUCCCACUCCUCCAGCAACGUGCUGCGUGCCCGCCGCGGCGUCGUCCGUAUGCUGAUAAUAUUCGUGCUGACGUUCGCUCUCUGCAAUUUGCCGUAUCAUGCACGCAAAAUGUGGCAGUACUGGUCACGUUCAUAUCGCGGUGAUUCCAAUUUUAAUGCGCUGCUAACGCCGCUCACCUUUCUGGUCACGUACUUCAAUUCGGGCGUAAAUCCCCUUCUCUACGCCUUCCUGAGUCGCAAUUUUCGCAAGGGCAUGAAGGAGCUCCUCCUCUGCUCCUGGAAGAAGGGCAAGGGCAAGUCCUCAUCGAACUCCUCGAUGCAUCACAAGCGCAAGGCGUUGCAGACUCACUCCCUGCCCACGGACACCACCCACAUUGGGAACGAGCAGCUUUGAUGGCCAAGCUGUUGCAGGAAGCCCCUCAAGCUCUUCGGACGACGGCCAUAGACGCGACGCGGUCCAUCCAAUAAAUGGCAUCUACUUCUGGUCCGUUUAGUCGAUAGGUAGCCCUUAAUUGUGAUUUUCUGAGAAGCCUGCUGCAUGGAUUGGAUUUGCCAGUGAAUCGAAGAUAUCCCGCUUAGAACCCAGUCAGAUGAUAUAAAAAAAACCACACACACGAAGGAGCCAAAAAAAGCCGACCUAGUAUUGAUUAUCGCUUGAAUGUUUGCAUGCAUCUCCGGGAGCAUGGCUCUGCAAACUCGUCAAGUUUUUAGUUUAAGAUUUUAAUGUAAGCAUGA